UUAAUUCUUGUAUGGCUGCGCGGUUGUGGAACUACGACCUCUUGCGACAAACGCCAAGAACAGACUUCAGUUACAAUCACAGUUACCAUGGAAACCGUAACACUAACUGUGCUUGCGCUACAUUUUCAGGUCGCACGUACAUUAGUUUAAUGUACGUCAUCACUUUAUGGAUACAUAAGUUGCCUACUAAGAACAGUGGAAGUUAAUACGUAGCAAAAAUGUUUCGUGUGAUGACUUAUCGGGGAAACGUAAAAAUUGGAAACUGGUACGAGGACCUGCAAUUACAAGAGGAUGAGAAGAAGGAGUAUCUAGAGGAAAAACAGAGGGGUGAACUUCUCUACCAGAAAGUAGACUUCCUCAAACAGAACAUGUUAAAUCUGGUAAAUCUCAGUGUGACCACAGAUGGAGGACUGCAUUUUGGAGAUGUUGUGAUGUUAGUGAAUCUAGGAGGAGAAAACAGGGAGUCCAGUGCAGUUAGCAUCAACGCGGACAUUAAUAGUCUGAUCAAAACUUCUCUCCCUGGCAUUAAAGCCCCAUGUGGGGUCAGUGCAGGAAGAAACAUGCAGGCAUGUACACGCACUGCCUUCAUCAUCACCAGUGUGGAUGGCAGUCUUGAAGGAUCCACUUUGCAAUAUGAGCAAAGUUUUGCUCUGAGAACAACAUGUGGCUUUGCAAGCGGGCUUUACUUGGUGAGUGACCUGCAAAGUUUUCAAAAGAGUGCAAAGUAUUCCCGUCUACAAGAAGUCAGCUUGGAUAAAGGCUGUUCCUUUCUCUCCUGGUGGAAGAUAGAACACUUUGAACCCCUGGCAAGGCUCGAAUAUGCAGGUCAGCCUGUCCCUGCUAAUAUGAAAGUGCUGAUAAAACACUGCAAGACAAACCAGGCUCUGGCUGUUCUGGGUGAUCAAGUCCUGAGGACCACCUUUGGCAACGAGUAUGAGGUUACAGCUCACACCUUCUUGGACUCACAUAAAGCAGAAAAGGACAGCAACCACUGGAUCCUCUGCACCUCUGACCCUGCAGGGAGUGGACUUUCACUUCUCAACCACCCACUGUCAGCAACUAACAACCAGGACAAACUCACACAGUUAAAUCCUAGCAUCUAA